UAGAAGGUGGAGCGUGCCGGGUUCGAUAGCGGUUACCGAGGAGAAGAUGGUGGAAUUUGCAACAGCAACGUGCUCGAUACUCCGUCCCAAACACUUUGAAAUAUACUUACCUUCUCAACCAGGUAUUAGAUAUCGGUUACCCGGGGACAAUCAUAGAUAAUAUAAUCAGAAACGUUGAAGAAACUGACGUUCUUUGAUCCGGAAAACCCAGGUCCAGCUCUUCGACACGACAGACAAACCUUGGAACGUGGUGCUGUUAUAUUGAAAACAUUUGAGUGUGGGGGUUGACUUUGGGGUAUUAAUGCGUCGUCGCACAAUACAGAUUAUAUCUUGUGAUAUAUUUGUGCUAACUAGCCUGUCAAGUCUGGGAGGGUAAUUGUAGACUUUGAAAACCUGGGCGACAGUAUAGAUUGCCCCUGUCGAGACGUGGAAGACUGAGGUUAUCAAGCAGUCUGGUAAAAUGCCACGGAGUAAGAAAGGAAAACGUGCUUCAAAUAAGGGUUCUCUUCGACAGGAGGUACUCCAGCUACAGCUGUCUGCCAAGACCGCCCUGUCUUAUAAAGGGGGCAGGAAUGGGGUGAAGGGGGAGUCUGGUGCUAGUGAUGACGACCUGGCCUCCGACGUGCUCAGCCAUUACAGCAGCACCAGCGAGACUGCCUCCGUACUGGAGGAGGGCACAGGAGGGGAGCCCGUGGAUGAGCAGACAGCCCAGGAGGAGACAGAGGACAAGCUGAAGCAGUGUAUCGACAACCUGACUGACAAGAGUGCUAAGACCCGCCUGGCAGGGCUGGAGUCUCUGAGGCAGGCCUUCUCCUCCAGGGUGCUGUACGACUUCCUGCUGGAGAGACGCCUCACCGUCAGUGACUGCCUGGAGAGGAGCCUGCGCAAAGGCGCGGCAGAGGAGCAGGCAGCGGCCGCCACCGUCUUCGCCCUCCUGUGCAUCCAGCUGGGCGGCGGGGCCGAGGGGGAGGAGGGCUUCCGAAUGCUCCGCCCCGUCCUCAGCUCCCUGAUGAUCGACGGCUGCGCCAGCUUCGCGGCCCGCCAGAGCUGUGCCAGAGCUCUGGGAGUGUGCUGCUAUGUGUCAGCUGCAGAGGAGGGGGAGGACCUGGUGAAGUCUCUGAGUCACCUGGAGAGCGUGUUCAUGGCGGCAUACCCCAACCGGGAGGGCACCCUGCCCACGCCCAAACCUGGCGCCCCGGGGCUCCACAGCGCCGCCCUGCAGUCCUGGGCCCUGCUCGUCACCCUCUGCCCCGCCUCCCGCGUCAGCGUGCUGCAAGACCUUCACCUCCCUAAGCUGCAGGCCUGUCUGGAGAGCAGCGACGUCAACUACAGGAUAGCUGUGGGCGAGACCAUCGCCUUGCUGGUGGAGCUAGGCAGAGAUAUAGACAGGGAUUACGAGUACGAGGACAGCGAGAGUCUGUGCGAGAGCCUGAAGGGGCUGGCGACGGAUGGCAACAAGCACCGGGCCAAGAACGACCGGCGGAAACAGCGCUCCAUCUUCAGGGAGGUGCUUCACUACAUCGAGAGCGAGGACUUCACAGAGGAGAAGGUCAGGUUCGGCGUUGAGGGCAUCUACAUCGACAGCUGGAUAAGGAGGAGGAUUUACGACGCCUUCAAAGAGGUCCUGGAGUCUGGAGUCACACACCACCUCCAGUUCAACCCUCUGGUAAGGGACAUCUUUGGCCUGGGAGCCCCCCUCAUUCUGGAUGCUGCCGUCAAGGCCAGCAAGAUCUCCCGCUUCGAAAAGCAUCUGUUCAACUCCGCUGCCUUCAAGGCCAGGACUAAGAUAAGGAACAAAGUCCGUGACAAACGGGCCGACGUAAUGUGAGAAGAACUCAACAGAAGAAGGGAGGAGCUGGAGAAUGGAGUAGAGAGGGAUUAAAGCAUGGGGGGGGGGGGUUCCUGCAGAAGGUGGAGGUCAUAAUGUUUGUAUCCUGGAUUGCUUCAGCCUUCUGAGGCUUGUCACACAGAACCCCCACCCACACACCUCAGCCCUGACAGACACUCAGACCUGAUGUAUGAAGCCUGCCAACCCAACCUUAUGGUGUUUUCCCCUCCACUGUUGUUCAUGAGAAUGACAAAAGCGAGCGGAGCGGUUCAAGGAGGGGUCGGUCCGCUAGUAAGAGCUAUCAAGGCAGCACACUAUACUUUGGUGCAACCAAAAAGCAUUGUCUCAUCAGAGUGUGUAGUGGUUGUGUUCAUGGUGGGGGGGGGGGGGGAUUCAUGGUCAUCACAGUGCCUCUCCAUCCAUCUAUGCUCCUCCUCUCCUGCAUAGGAACCCCACCUGGCGGAUGGCAAACACACAGACUUGUGAACGAUGUAAACCUGUUUAUCUGGCGUGAGUGUGUUUUAUUUCGAUUUUUUAUUUAACGGAAUUAAUUACAGAAUAUGGGAUGCCUAAAACUAGGAGUAUUCCAUCUUUGUAUUAAUUAUAUUUUUGGAAUAAGAACAUCUUAACCUGUUUUUGGUAUAAAAGGAAAAUAGGAAAAAAAAAAAUAUUUUACUUUCUAAUUUAUUGAAAGUCGGGAGAAGAUGCAAGACGUGAUUUUAUAUAAACACAUGGUCAGUUUACAGAAAUCAAUUAUGGGAAAAGGACAACUGAAUAAAAUAAAUAAGAUUUGUAGUUUUUCCAUGAAUGUUUUAUGCUGGUUGGCUGCGGAUGUCUACUUGCAUUAAAUGUAUCCUCCAAUACAUAUAAGCAGUAGAGAGCUAUUAGAAUAGUUGGGAAUACGAUUGAUGAGGGGCACUAGCAAGGCAUAUAUCAUUUUAACUGACAGCAACUUCACAUGUUGCUGAUGAAUUAAAUGUAAUACGGUGUAAUAAAAAACUAAACUGUAA